CUUGGCUGGGUCUCUGGCUGCCGAGCAGGGCAGCCCGGGAGCAGCUUUGUCAAAUCGCAGCCCCGGCGCUCGGCUCUGCGCGCUCCGAGCUGCCGCCGGCGCUGCUCGGCUCAUGCGUGCGGGGUCCGCUCCGGAGAGCGCUCCGGCCGCUGCGGGCUCGCCGGGGAACAUGGAAUUUGAACUCUGGAAACCAGCCACAGAGUGAAAAGACAGCGGCUGGGCAGGCAGGGCUGAGAUGGAUGAUGAGAGAACGAAUCAAAAUGCCAGCAAACUGCAAGGAGCUGGAGGCCAGGCAUCUGCAGCGACUCCGUGGAGCCCGCUGAUGAGGGACUUUGUUUCAGACUGGUCUCCUCUACAUGAGGCCUCUAUCCAUGGGCGUCUGCUUUCCCUGAAGAAGCUCAUUGAACAGGGGAAUGAUGUCAAUCUUGUUACAGCAGACCAGGUGUCUCCUCUCCAUGAAGCCUGCCUAGGGGGUCAUGCUGCCUGUGCCAGUGUCCUGUUAAAACAUGGUGCUCAGGUGGAUGGAGUGACUGUGGACUGGCACACACCACUGUUCAACACUUGUGUCAGUGGCAGUGUGGCUUGCUUGAAUUUAUUGCUGGAGCAUGGAGCCAGCCUACACCCACCCUGUGACCUGGCAUCCCCCAUCCACGAAGCUGCUAAGAGAGGUCAUGUGCAAUGUGUCGAACUCCUUGCAUCCCGUGGGGUAAAUAUAGAUCACAACAUCAAGCACCUGGGUACUCCACUUUAUGUAGCAUGUGAGAACCAGCAAGUGAACUGUGCCAGGAAGCUGCUGGAGUCAGGAGCGAGUGUGAACAGCGGCAAGGGCCUGGAGUCCCCUCUGCACACAGCUGCCAGGAACUGCAGCGUGGAGCUGGUGAAGCUGCUGAUGGACUUCGGAGCAGACGUUUGGGUGAAGAAUGCUGAAAACAAGAGGCCAGUGGAGCUGGUCCCACCUGGCUGCCCUGUGGGCCAGCUGUUCCUGCAGAGAGAAGGUGCCCCUUAGAACUUGUUUUUGGGAAAACCGACACAGGCUAUUGCAGAAGGCUAUGCUAUUCCAGGCUGCUAGCACUAGAAAAUUGGGAAUAACUGAGCUUGCCUCCAUUUGCUGACACAGGGACACUGUUCAAGUGCCAGAAUAUAGUGGUAAACUAACAGUGAUAAUGAUAAGAAAAAUAACCCAUCCUAAACCCCCAGAUUUUUAAUCUACUGCAUCAGGAAGCAAUCAUCUUGAGCUUGAGCAAAAUAGAGUUUAGGGUAAAUAACCAAGCAAAAAAUGCCAUAGAAAUUAAUGCUAGCUUUUUUCAUUACCUAAAGCUUUGCAUUCAGUGAGAAUCUGCCAGUUCCCUUGUGUCAGACAGUAGACUCAGGCGUGUUCCAUGGAGCGUGCUGACAAAUGCAGGCAACAAGGCGCCUCUGAUGGGAAUUGAGUCUAGGUAGUGAGGAUGAGGUUUGGAAUCUCUAGUUAUACAGUAGAUGGUCAGGUUUGUCUCAACACAAAUGCAUAAAUGCAGAUUUGCAACCUCAAAAAAAUUAGUGCAUAUAAUACUAAAAAAAGAUAUAUUGAAGAACUUGGAUUUUAAUUCCUUGUCCUUUACUUUUAUUCUUGGGCCAAUCUUUUACAUAGAUGCAAAAGUAUCUUUAAAAUGAAAGACU